GUCUACUAAGUACCUCAGAUAAGGCAAUUCCAUGAAGCAUUCCAAGAUUAUCACAAGGAAUUGCUCUUGUGGUCAUAAAGUAAGAAAUAAGCAGAAUAUGACCUGCUGAGGGAGGUUACAGUUUUACAGCCCCUCCUACUUCAUCAUUUAAGUCACUCAGUUACUGUAAACCCUGGACUACCACUCACAGAUUGAAAGCAAAACAGUCAUCACAAACCAGGCUCCAGCUGCCACUGCAUGUGUGUCUCUCAGUCGAUGAUGAGGGUGUCAGAACCAAUCCUGGACAUGGAUAUGGGAAAUUACAGUGAAGUUCUGGACCCAGCUUACACAAGUUUGGAGUUUGAAACUAUGCAGAUUUUAUAUAAUUCAAAUGAAAGUUCUACCCCAGAGACAACAAGUAUGAAUACCACAGACAACGGUGUCAACUGUUUGUGCGCAAUAUGUGGGGACAGAGCAACAGGGAAGCACUACGGUGCAUCCAGCUGUGAUGGGUGCAAAGGAUUCUUCAGACGCAGCAUACGCAAGAGUCACGUUUACUCCUGCAGAUUCAGUCGUCAGUGUGUUGUUGACAAGGACAAAAGGAAUCAAUGUAGAUACUGUCGAUUAAGAAAAUGUUUUAGAGCAGGAAUGAAAAAAGAAGCUGUUCAAAAUGAACGUGACCGAAUUAGCACCAGAAGAAGCACAUUUGAUGGCAGCAACAUUCCCUCCAUUAACACGCUGGCACAAGCUGAAAUUCGGUCUCGGCAGAUCUCAGUCUCCAGUCCCGGGGCAAGUACUGACAUAAACGUGAAGAAAAUUGCAAGCAUUGGUGAUGUCUGUGAGUCUAUGAAGCAGCAGCUCUUAGUCCUGGUGGAAUGGGCCAAGUACAUUCCUGCUUUCUGUGAGUUACCGCUGGAUGACCAGGUGGCCCUGUUAAGAGCUCAUGCAGGAGAACACUUACUGCUUGGAGCUACAAAGAGAUCCAUGAUGUAUAAAGAUAUUUUGCUUUUGGGAAACAACUAUGUUAUUCAUCGUAAUAGCUGUGAAAUUGAAAUCAGCCGAGUGGCCAAUCGGGUUCUCGAUGAACUUGUCCGACCCUUUCAGGAAAUCCAGAUUGAUGACAAUGAGUAUGCAUGUUUGAAGGCAAUUGUGUUUUUUGAUCCAGAUGCAAAAGGCUUAAGUGACCCAGUAAAAAUUAAGAAUAUGAGGUUCCAAGUGCAGAUUAGCUUGGAGGACUACAUCAAUGACCGGCAGUACGACUCCCGAGGGAGGUUUGGCGAGCUACUUCUCCUGCUACCCACGCUGCAGAGCAUCACCUGGCAAAUGAUCGAGCAAAUACAGUUCGUUAAACUUUUCGGCAUGGUCAAAAUAGACAACUUACUUCAGGAAAUGUUACUGGGUGGUGCCUCCAAUGAUGGGAGUCAUCUUCACCAUCCAGUGCACCCACAUUUAUCUCAAGAUCCGCUAACUGGACAAACCAUAGUUUUAGGACCCAUGUCAACACUGGUUCAUACAGACCAGAUCUCAACUCCUGAAACACCGCUUCCUUCCCCACCACAAGGCUCUGGACAGGAACAAUACAAAAUCGCUCCAAACCAAGCUUCAGUCAUUUCACAUCAGGGCCUUACCAAACAAAAGCAACUGUGAGGCUGUUUACUUCCGAACGGCACUGCCUAAAUGUGAAAAAUUGUCGAUCGUGAAAUAUCUCAGGAUAGUACUUUUGACAAACUCUUAGCCAAGGUUUCUUCAUGGUGCUGUUGUAAUAUGGUAUCCUAUUUUCUUGUUUGUGUAUUCAUUUUGUUUGUUGUUUCUACAGUGUAAAACUUUCACAUGCAACCAAUGUAUGUUUGAGUUUGAAAUUGUUUAUAUAGUGUAUUGUUUGUAGUUGGCCCUGCACUGAGCUGAACCUGUGGAAUCUUUUGUACUACUUUCAUAAUAUUAAUUUAAAUCUGUAAAUAAUUGUUUUAUUGUGGCUUGAUGAAGAUUUAAAUGUUCCCUUUUGCUAAGAGCAGUAGAUUAGAAAUGCUAUGUUAACAUAAAAUGAACCAAGUUUUAUUUUUCCAUAAAUUAUAAUCUUGAAGUUUGGAAAGCUAAAACAGUGGCUAUAGAAUAGAAUUAUUUUUUGUCUUCUCCUAAACGAAGAAUCACUUAUAGAUAUUCUGUGGCUAAGAAGUAUGUCUUUGGUCCGCAGUUAAAUAUGCUUAUUUUAAAUUCAAAAUAUUAUAAAAUGCCAUUCUAAGAAUGAUUGAAUACUCUUUGAAAUCUAACUAUAUUUGAAAGUGUAUGCUAAAAUAAAAUGUAUUUAUUUUAUUGGUUAGGAUACAUGUUAGACUACAACGACAACAACAACAACAACAACAAAAAAAAAAAAAAAAACCCUAAAACACAGAAUAAUUCAAAGAGACAUUUGUCUGUCUUGAAACGAUCUAGAAAGUUAUCUACUAACUAGAAAUGAGCACACUCCUCGUCGUGCUCAUUGGGAGGAGGAAGGAUACUCUUUUAGCAGAAAUCCUGUGCUAAUGAAAGCUGUGCCGCUUUGGAAUAGCCAUUUUGGGGGGACAAAUUAACUGCCUGCCACACACGUGCCUCAUUUAACCCUCACAGCAAUUCUGCAAGGGAAGUUUUACUAUAUCUUUUUUUAUAUAUAAAAGAAACUUUCAGUUUGAGGGUUUAAAGAGCAUAACGAAUUUUUUAUGGCUAAAGAGUAAUCCAGUGCAAACCCAGCUCUGUAAUGAGACUGUCUGUUUGGUGAGUGGAAAGAAACAUUUGAAUUUUUUACUUAUGGUGUGGUUUUUAAAUGUAUGCAAUCUGGUAACGAUUGAGCACUAUCCAUCAUGUUACUUGUAAUAUAUAUUACAUGUAAAUGGUGAAUUUGAAAUUUUGCGGUGUAAGAAAAUGUUUUUGUGUUAAGUUUUUUCCCUAAAAAUAUGUUAAAAAUAAAAAUUAAGCCAGAUAAAUUCAGAUGAAAACAGAAGCAAACUCAGAAUUUCAGUAACCUAUAAAUGUAAUGAAUGUCCCAUUCUAGACUGAAUAUAAUUUAUUGCAUUCCUAACCUACUUGAUAUCUAAAAGUGGAGUUUAUUUUAAAAGAGUAAAUCAUGGGCUGCGUCAUGGAGCAAAGUCGCGCCCUCUCCCCUCUAUUUACUAUAACAGGAAAACUGAAAAUUGCUUCCGUAAUUAUCAAUGACAUUAAUAAAAAAAGAUAUUCUGAUCUGUAAUACAUUAAAAUAAAAGUGUUAUUUCAGGGCUUUUGAAAAUUUUUAGGAUUAUGAUUUUGUAAUUUCCACUUACCCUACAAUAAAAAUAUUUAUUAAUAUUAACUAAUUACUGGCUCUUCAUGUGGAUUAAUGAUUUAUGCAAGAGCAAUUCAAAAUUUAAUAAAAAUCAAUAAUAUUCCUUUAAGAGUUGGCAUCCUUGUGGUGCUAUAAAAUAUACCAUUGAGUAAGGGAGGGAAGAGGAAAGGAGACAGAGAGAGAAAAGAGAAAAGGGAGAGAGAUCAGAGAAAGUUUCAUAACUUAUUUUUUGAAAAUUUGUUUUACUACUUUAUGCAUAUUUCUGUUUUUUAUAAAUACAAGUGUGUUUUGCAGAUUUGUUUACUUUUUGAGAUUGCUUUCUAAAAAAAUACUUAAAAAUACUUAAGACUAUUCAGGCUGCUGUAACAAAAUACUGUUCACUGUGAAGUUUAUAAAUAAAAAAUUCAUUUCACACCGUUCUCAGCACUGGGAUGCCACGAUCCAGGCCCUGGCAGAUUCAGGCUUUGGUCCAGAGUCCUUUGUACCAGCUUCCUCCCUAGCAGUGCCCUCACCGUGGAAGGAGCUGGGCGGAUCUGUGGAAUCCCUCAAAGAGGCGCUAAUCUCCUCAUGACUGUGUGAGCCUCAGGAGUAGAUCACUUCCCGGUGUUUUUGCUUCCCAAGAUCUUUAAAUUGGUUUCAGUAUGAAUUUUGAAGAACAUAUACUAUAUAACAAUACUUUUAAAAUGUGAAAAAAUGUAUUUUUCAUAAAUCUUUUAAUUUAUCCAAAUAUUUACUAAACAAAUAUUUUAAUAGAAAUAAUUACAAAUGAUUAUGUUGUGUAACUAUGGUCAGGGAAUUUGUAAUAUACUAUUUUUGUAUAUUGAACUGCCAACAAAGCUGGAAAGCUGGAUCCAAUGUUUUCAGCAUAGUUUCAAAGUAUUGAUAAGGAAAUUUGUUGCUUUUAUAUAACACAUAAUUUUUUCAGGUAAUGGAAAUGAAUAAUUUAUUGAGAAUAAUAGUUCAUUUUAUAAAUAUAAAACUAUUUUUAUAAAUUCCACUGUUGAUUUUUUAAAAUGUUAAAUUAUAGUGAGAUUAAAGUAUUUCUAACUUGUGGUACCUAUCUGUUUCACUGAACUUUCUAAAUAAAAGCUUUGAAAAUUAAUGAAA